AUGUUACUAGAAUUAUUAUCAUUUUUUGGUACUAUAUUAGGGUUUUUAUUCCUAACGUUGUCAUUAGCAUCAGGCUUGUACUACAUAAGUGAACUAGUUGAAGAACAUUGUGAACCAACCAAAAGAUUUUUAUCAAGAUCAAUUUAUGGGAUAAUAUGUUUAUUCAUUUUGUUGAUGGCAAUUGAUGGCUUCCCAAUCGUAUUAUCAUGUUUUUCCAUAUUUUCAUACUUUAUAUAUUUACAAAAUUUGAAGAAAUUUCCCUUUAUUUCUUUAACUGGGCCUAUAUUUGUUUCUAGUUGUAUAUUAGUCGUCCUAAACCAUUAUUUCUGGUUCAAACAUUUUAAUAAUGUUGAAAUACCACCUCAGUUCAGAUAUGAUCCACAUUAUAUACCUAAGAAAAGAGCUUCUUUUGCAGAAGUUGCUUCGUUUUUUGGGAUUUGUGUUUGGUUUAUCCCAUUUGCCUUAUUUGUUUCUUUAAGUGCAGGUGAUCAAGUGUUACCAACAAUGACCAAUGGUAUUGGAAACACUUCUGGUGGCUCCAGUAACACAACUAACAAUAUCACUGCUAGAAAUACCCGUGUUAAGAAUAAGAAAGGUAUAGCCCGUGUCGUUAUAGAUAGCGCUAGAGAAUACUUUGAGUUAUUAUUAAAUGUUUUUACAGGCGGAGGGAAGAGAUUUAAUAAAAUAACUGGAAGUAAUGCUAAUGGUAGAGAUAAUGGGAUUUUAGAUGGUAAAUAUGUAUAA